CUUUCCCAAAAUUAUGGAGGUUGCGCCUCAGAGGGGGAAAGAUAAACAAAUCGAAUAUGACGUGAAAAGUGUAUGCAAGUUCAAUGUUUAUUCCCGAAUACGGAAGACAAAAACGCUCUUCCCCCACCCUACAUUAUUUGGCUAGUUUCAAGAUAUUAGGGGCAUAGUGUGAACUCUCGAGUGUAUUCAAGGACGAAGCCUGGGAACCGGGAAUCAUGAAGGCAGUUUUAGAAACGCUGCGUUGAUCAAUGGUGUUACUGUAUUUUUUAUUAGCUGGGAAGGCUCCGAUCGGCUCUCUUCCGGUUUCGCUGAAGGCUCAGGACACUUCAGAUACAGGAAUAUAUGGGAUCACAAGUGUCCUCGGUUGCGAUGAGUGUGCGCGCGGGGCAGGAUAGCGACGAGGUGCUGGUGUCGCAGCCUCUCUGGGACUACUUGGACGCAGCCGGGCAGCCCUGGCUGCUGGACUUUCAGAGCAAGCAUGGACUGAGGGUGGAUGUUGUACGGCGUGGGGAGCGCGGGGGCUGCUGUGCUGUGCGACUGAGGCCGGUGGACGGGGCCGCGGUCGCGGGUCCGGUCCCUUCGUCCUCCCGCAGGGCUUUCAUGGACCUGUGCCGCUGUGCACGCAAGGAGAUGAACAAGCAAGAUGGGGCACCGAAAAGAAAGCGGUCCUUGCUGCCUUGCGUCGGUGUCACGGAGACAGACGGUGAGGGGAGCCUGUUGCCCCCUCCUCCCCCUCCAACCCGGCGCUCCCAGAGGCAGCAGGCAAAGUACAGGAAGUCCGCAGAUUUAGACAGUGCAAUUUCUCUGCCCAUUUCCCAUGAGGUACCGACUGGCCGAAAGGCUGAAAUCAGCGUGAUCUCCUCAGGUGAAGGGGACAACAGCACCUGCUCCAUCUGUAUGGGGGAGAUAGUGGAGAAGACAACCCUGGACAAGUGCGGUCACUCCUUCUGCAGGGCCUGUCUGGAUCGGGCAUUUCAGGUGAAACGGGCAUGUCCUGUAUGCCGACUGGUCUAUGGUCCGUUGAUCGGGAAUCAGCCAGCCAACGGCAGCAUGAUUGUGGAGCGAGACCCAGAUCUCGAGUUGCCAGGACACGAAGGCUAUGGAUGUGUUUGCAUCAUUUACAGCUUCCCACCCGGGAUGCAGGCGCAGGAGCACCCAAAUCCAGGGGUGAGGUAUCCAGGGACAGACCGUGUGGCCUACCUGCCUGACAGUCCAGAGGGAAAUAGAGUUUUGGGUUUGUUACGACGUGCUUUUGAGCAGCGGCUCAUCUUUACUAUUGGUACAUCCAUGACUACGGGCAUGCAAAACGUCAUUACCUGGAAUGACAUCCACCACAAGACCUCAAUCUGGGGAGGACCACGAUGUUUUGGCUAUCCAGACCCAACUUACCUGGUUCGUGUCACAGAAGAGCUUCGGGAGAAAGGUAUAACAGCUGACUGAGUGCAAGACUGGUGAGACCCCCAAACCACAUUGUUGCUGCUGCUGCUGCUGCUGCUGCUGCUGCUGCUGCUGCUGCUAUUCACAGGAUUGCUGGCCCGUGGGACUUCUCCAGCCAUUGUCAGCCCUCUGAGCCAGGCCCACCUACAGCACUCGUGCCUGGGGCAACGCAGGUACAGUUAGGACCAUGCUGCAACUAUCCAAUGGUUUUUUUUCUUUUCUGUGCAACCCACUUCCAUCCUGUCUUACAAGUGAGAGGAGAUACAGCAGUGCAGUGUAGUGAAUUACUGCUGUACUAUGUACCUUGUUACCUCUCUCUUCUCAACAACAAGACAUUGAAUCCUUUCCAGAUUGGUGAAGAUAAUAAUAUAACCCAAGAUAAAUUAUACAGACAUUUAAAUAUUUCAGUAUGAUCUAUGUCUACUUUACCCCCCCUCUUCUCUGCUUUAUUUGUGGAAUGCUCUAGUAUUUGUGGCACUGUUGACAUAAGACAACAAAAGUGACUUCUGACCCAACACAGCAGGAGGAAUGUAGUGCAAUAGCAUAAUCUCCUCUGGGAUAAGAUCUCUGCACUAGCAGCAUUGCAGUCACAGCAGUUAUAGGCACUUUAAUUGCGUACUUCGGUUUAGUCUGGUGUCUUUCUGACGAAAGGAUUCCAAGAUUUCGCAACUGCAGGUUUUCCAGUGAGCUACCAUGAACAGCUGAUACGAGAUCCAAGGCUUAAGUGCACUGUUACAAACUCUUCCAGAAAUGACGUUUCGUUUAAGAGCCAGCAGUUGGGAAAUCCAUAAAAUGUGUUAAACAUGUCGGAAUUAUUAUCCUCUUUUCAUUUAUCAUCAGGUUGAACCUGACACCUGUGUUGAGUUCUUUAAACUUGUGAAUGUGUAAUAGGUUUUCCUGCCAUUUAGUUUGACAGUAUGCCAAGCUGAACACAAUUUUAAUUUUCAAUAAGCAGAUUUAUAUGAUGUCAAAACAAAAAGGGCAUGUAAACCACUAAACCAAAUUAAAGGCACAGUAAUCCUCUGUAUUUUUCUUCCACUUUCUGGACUUCUUUUAAUUAAAGAAGAUGCUUGGUUCAGUUCCUGUUAAGAUAUUUAGACAGUAUUGUUGGCCUUGGUUCAGAAUGAUUACAUUUAUAUUUUUCUUCUGGAUUUUAUUCUUCAAGUAUUUUUUUAUUGUGCCUUUGUCUCAUUUAGAACAAAAAUGUUAGCACUGACAGACAAGCUGUCUGUUAUUUGGUGGUUAGCAGCAUAAAGAUUGUACAUGUAAUCUGGCUUUAACUAAAGUAUAUUCAACUUUCAAUACACUUAGUGUAAGUCUAUUGAUGUUUGCAUUAUCACUCUGGUUUUAAGAAAUUAAAUACAAAUCAGAAACUGCUUUCCUUUAAGUUUAAGAAAGCUUUGUGCGAAAUCUGCUCCAAGUUACCCAGGUCUGAAAUGAUGGACCCAAGCUCCCAUUUUGCUUGAAUUGUGUUCUUCUGAAGUUAGCAUUACCAAGUAGUAAAAGAAAAGGAGAUUCUAGAAAUUUAGUAACUUGUAUUUCAAAGUGUAUUUCCCUUUUACAUUUUGAGUUAAGGGACCAAUUCAAUGUCUGUGUAACCGGGAUAAUAGUUUACACUGAGUACUAUUGCAUUCAGCGCAAAUGUUUCUAUGCAGUACUAAAGUAAGUUUAAAAAAUUAUAUUAAAAGUUGCACAUGUUUGUUAAUUUUUGCUUUUAUAGUUGUGUUGAUUUAUAUUUUUGACUAAAAUGUCUUUAUUAAUGUUAAAUAAGAAUUCUGUGCUUUACAUUUUCAUACUUGAAUAAAGGACAUUCUGUUCUGUC